GCAAAGUGCUGUCGCCAUGCAUUGAUCCCACUACGCCCCCUGGGCCAUGUCUCCUCCCUAACUCCCCUCAUCUCCUUCCUCCCCUUCAGCCGCGUCACGACGUGUAAUUUUUGAACAAGGAUGUCUCUUUCCGCCCCCGCUGCGGGGCAGGCUUCCUCGCGCCCGCAGCCUGAGCGACCUGACAUACCCCGCAACCCUUCUUUCAUACAGUUUACGCCCAAACGCGCCAUGGCAUCUUUCGAGAAUUUGGUCGCGCUUGCAAACUAUGAGGAACGCCUGAGAGAGGCGCGGAAGAUCGUGUGGCGGGACAGAGGUGAAAAGCCGGUCGAGCUGCAUGACUUGUGGGAGUGUGCCGAACAUGCUGGCAGAGGAGGCAUAAGGGCUGGAGGUCUUGCAUUUGCCAUCCGAGCAGGAGUGAAUCUCAUCCUACUGAUGACAAGAAUCAAGCGGAUCCCUGCCCAAUAUCGUCUUACCCUCAUCCGCCAUGCUGCGUUUGGCGAGGACUCCUUCCGCUUCGCCACAAUGCUGGGCUCGUUCGUCGCGAUCUACAAGUUCAUCCUGAAUGCGCUGCCAAUCCUCCUCUCCCCGCCGUCAACUUCACCCAUUCUUCCCUCCCACACAUCUGCGCAUAAUCACUCGGGGUUCUACGCCUCCGGGCCGGCCGACUCGCCCUUCGACGAUGUCGAAGAGGUCGAUCUCGAGUUGCAGCCCCGCCGCCGCCUGCCGCGCCAAGCGCGUCUCUCCAUGAGCGCACAGGCGCACCAAGUAUGGGUGCGCAAGCGGACACGACGGUGGUACUCGGUGCUGGCGGGCUCCGCCGCGGGUGCUAUUUCUGUGUGCUUCGAGAAGAAGUCUCGGAGGGUCGCAAUUGCGCAGCAGAUGUUUGUUCGAGGCCUGCAAGGCUCUUUCAACGCUUUCUCGCAGACGCACGGUGUGAGCAUCCCACAUGGUGACGUGCUUAUGUUCGGUCUGUGCUGCGGCCAGAUCAUGUAUGCAUGGCUUGUACGGCCCGAGACGCUUGACAGAGGAUAUGAUAUGUGGAUCGCAACUGCGAGUAAAUGUCUCUCAGAGACUGUUGCAAUCGCGCGAGAUCUCCUCAGAGAUGGCGUGUUCAAGGUCUCAGACAUGCAAAAGCUCGCUGCUAGACCUGACACCACCCCGGCAAACCGCACCAAACUCCUCGCGUACAUCGCGCGAGCCACGGCGCCCCCGCCCGAGCAAUCCUUCGGCCCGCGAUACGUGCCAUGCGCCGCGCUGCAUCCAUGGAGUGACUCACACGCGCUCACGCAGAUCGAGCGCUUCGUAGACGUCUUCCGGUGGAUGCUCCCGAUAUACGGGGCGCUGCACCUCAUGCCCAUGCUACUCUUCCGGCGGAAUCGGGUGCUGAGUGACCCAGUGAACAUGCUCCUGAGAGCGGGGUGGGGGACGGCCAGGAGCUCCGCCUUCCUCGGGGCGUUCGUGUUCAUCUAUCAAUCGAUGUUCUGCGUCAAACACAACCUCUGGGACGUGCUCACUGCGCUGCGCACCUCGUCCUCCACCUCCCUCCUCGCGUACCUCGCGCGCCUCCUCCCGCAGCGCUUCAUCGACGCGCUCAUCGCGAAGAAGAGCUACUACGCGCUUGGGAUACUCACGGGCCUGAGCUUGUUCGUGGAGGAGAAGAAGCGCAGGGAGGAGCUGGCGAUGUACGUGAUGCCGAAGGGCAUGGAGAGCGCGUGGUUGAUGGCGAGGGGACGCGGAUGGGUUGGGAGGACGGGGCAGUGGGGCGAGGUAUUGCUGACGGCGGUGGGAAUGGGGAUGGUCAUGAGUAUCUACCAGAACGAUCCUCAACAUUUAUCGGGUCUCGUUCGCAAGAUUUUGUACCAAUUUGUUGGUCCCAAUUAGGCCCGGAGAGCACAUACCCGGUCCUCGCAGUUCGUAAAUAUUGUAUUUGUCGUCACCCAGCCAGCAGUGCUUCCUUUAUGCUCCUUCGAUUAUGCGCCAUCCGCUGUAAUUCAUGCGUGUUUUGUGUCUGG